AUAUUGCGCUCUCUCCUUGGCAGCUUGAUUGAUGAGCCGCACAGCGCAGGGUGGGCAGGCCACGGAGCGCACACAGAAAGACGCGCUCGGCGCUCCCCGCCGCCAGAUAACGAGCGGCAGGUCCAGCAGAAGAAGCACGAAGGAGCCGAGGGAGCGCCGCGUGGAGGAGCAUCGAGCGCCAUGGAUCACAUCGGGAUCCUGGGGGCGCACCUGCAGCAGCACGCUCACGUGGAGCCCAUCAACUUCGGCAUCGAUCAGAUCCUCAGCAACGUGGAACAGAGCUGCAUGCUGGGCGCGAGGAUGCACGAGCCGGACUACGGACUCCCGGCCUACGGCAACAACGUUGGAGGCGCGGGAGGCUUCGCGUGCGGCGGCGGCGGAUACAACGGAGCCGCCGGCGGCUCGUGUGGAGUGGCAUCGCUCGGUGGAGCUUAUCACAUGAACAUGAGCGUGAACAUGAACGGGACUAACAUGAACUCUGCCGGGGUCAUCCGCGUCCCCGCGCACCGGCCUCUCAGCGGAGGGAGCUCCGCGGGGCCGCCAGCCGCGAGCGGCGGUGUCGGCAACCUGAACACGCUCACCUUCCCGUGGAUGGAGAGCAACCGGCGCUACACCAAAGACAGGUUCACAGUCUCCCUCUCACCCCUCACUGUCACACGCCGUGUAGGUCACCCGUACCAGAACCGCACUCCGCCGAAGAAGAAGAAGCCCAGGACGUCGUUCAGCCGGCUGCAGAUCUGCGAGCUGGAGAAGCGCUUCCACCGCCAGAAGUACCUGGCGUCGGCGGAGCGCGCCUCGCUGGCCAAGGCGCUCAAGAUGACCGACGCUCAGGUCAAGACCUGGUUCCAGAACAGACGCACCAAGUGGAGGCGGCAGACGGCAGAGGAGCGUGAAGCGGAGCGGCAGCAGGCCAACCGGAUUCUUAUGCAGCUGCAGCAGGAGGCCUUCCAGAAAACCAUCAACCAGCCGGUAGCCCCCGACCCACUGUGCCUGCAGAACAGCUCCCUGUAUGCCCUGCAGAACCUCCAGCCCUGGAGUGAGAACACAGCAAAGAUCAGCAGCGUGUCAGCCUGCGAGUAGACCUCAAAAGCUCUUGGUCCCAGCUGGGUUCUCCGUCAGGAUCAAGUGACAGCUGCCGCUCAGAGGAGCCGACUGAUGCCGGCUGCAGAGGUCCAGGUGUCGGACGCUGUUUCAUGGCCUUGCUCUUUCUAUCCCACAGACACCGGUGCUGUUGCUGAUGGGCUCUCACAGCACUAGUCCCAUCAAAUGGGGCCAACCCAGUGACGUGUAUUAUUGUUAUUAAUAUUAUUUACCUCUGAGGGACUUUUAAAAAACAUAUUUUUAUAAAAGUUUAUAUGUCUGGCUGAAGAGGACUUUGUCCCUGGGUACCAUGAGUAUUUAUCAGCCUUGUUAAUGGACUUUUUUAGUCGACCACAGAAUAACAAAGCACUUGUUUGAACAAUCUUUGAAAAAGAAAGUUAUGAAAUUAGAUGAGCAGUCCAAGGAGAUUUUCAGUCUAAACGAAUGAUGUGGUUCAUUUACCAGCUCAGUCAAAACUCCAGCCUGGAAAUGCUGUCACAUUCACCCGAAACAUGUCCCUCCGUGUCACCCUGUAGCUCAAGACUCUUAGCAAUAUAAACUGUGACCACAGUAACUUUCUCAGCAUGUUUUAAAGUCAAGCCCUGCAGCAGCAUCUUCACCAGCAGAGGCUGGAUGGUUUCAUGUGAGCCACUGAUUUAAUAACAUGCAAUCUGCCAGAAGCAGGAAAACAGGAGCCCACUGCAGCCUCCCGCAGCAGCCAUGUUGGAGUUAGAGGUAGAUGGAUGUUUGAGUUCCCAGUCCAGAAAAUCAGAUGAAACCUCCACCAAAGUCAGCAUUUUGACCUUGAAAAUUGGAGCCCAUCAAACCUGACCUUAAAAUCCAACAUUGCUGCUGUGUGUACAACAUGGUGAGAGAUCCAGAAUGAAACUUUUUAUUUGUACUUUUUAUAGUUGCUAGCUCAUCAAAUUACUCACCAUACCGGUAUUGUAAAGCCCUAAUUGUAUGUUACUGCACUGGUUCAUUUGAGUAAAAGCUUAGAAUUUAUUAUCAUAAGUAGCUAAUAGCAGUUCUCUUGGUCACCGGCCUGAACAAUUAGCAAAUCCAACUGAUUUUCUGACCUUUAGCUGGAACACAGUUACACUAGAUGUGACCUCAUUCCCCAAUUUGAGUUUUAACUUCCAAGGUAACUGGAACGCCAUCAGGAAAUCUUAGACUUUCAAUAUCAACUUCAGGGGACAUUCCAGUCGAUUUUUCCAGAUUAGAUCAUGGAAACUCCGGCUUCCCAAAACAAACAAAACAUGUCAUAGAAAGUAAAAAAAAAAAUGUAAAUGGUGAAAAUGUAGCAAAUUCCACUCUGGCUAAAAAAUACAUUCAAAUGCAGGUUACCACCAUCACUUAAAAUUGUUUCUUUGCUUACCCUUCUGCUGUGUGUGUGUGUGUGUGUGUGUGUGUGCGUGUGCG